UGACGGGCUGCAAUUCUUAAUAAUAAUUUUAAUUUAUUUAAUUUCAAAUAUAUCAUCUCCAUCUCAAGUUAAUACUGUAACGUCUUGCCCCCGUACGUCAUACUUUUCCCUUAGCGAUGGAAUUGUGCCAGUUGUCUAACUUCUUUUGGAGGAAAAUUUUUAAAAUUGAAAUAACGUGACUUCCGGUUUAUGACAGAAGUUUGUAUAUAGUUAAUUGGGAUCUCCUGCCCCAAAGCUUUCUAUAUCCGGUCUUGACUUUUGUGUAUCUAACUCCAUUCUCUGGAUUAAGAAAGAAGGGAUGGACAAUGUCCAAGCCUGGAGAAGUGCAACAAGCUGUUAAAGAUGCCAUUGAUGCAGGUUAUAGACAUUUUGACUGUGCUUUUGCUUAUCAAAAUGAAGCAGAAGUUGGAGAUGCCAUACAGGAGAAAAUUUCAGAUGGGAGUGUUAAAAGAGAUGAUUUGUUUAUAACAAGUAAAUGUUGGAAUACUUUUCAUAGUAAGGAUAAAGUUUUUGAAUGCCUGAAUAAAUCAUUGUCAUCUUUGAAACUUGAUUACCUUGAUCUCUACCUCAUCCAUUGGCCAUUGGGCUAUAAGGAAGGUGGUGAAUUGUUUCCAAAAGAUGAAACUGGCAAAUUUCUAUACAGUGAUGUUGACUACUUAGAAACUUGGAAGGCAAUGGAAGAAUGUCAUAAGAAAGGUCUAGUUCGAUCCAUUGGCCUUUCUAAUUUUAACAGUGUUCAAAUUAAACGAAUUUGUUCUAAUGCUACAAUAAAACCAGUAAUGCUUCAGGUGGAAUGUCAUCCAUAUCUAACUCAAUGUCCGUUAUUGGAAUUCUGUAAAAGUUUAGACAUAAAAGUUACAGCUUACAGUCCUUUAGGAUCACCAGAUCGUCCCUGGGCUAAACCAGAUGAUCCUCAAUUAUUAGAAGAACCUAAAAUUAAAGAAAUUGCAAAAAAAUAUAAUAAGAGUUCUGCUCAGGUGUUAUUGCGUUUUCAGGUCCAAAGAGGUGUUAUUGUUAUUCCUAAAAGUGUUACCAAAGAAAGGAUAAUUUCUAAUAUUCAGCUGUUCGAUUUUGAACUUACACCAGAAGAAAUGGAAACUAUUGGUGGAUUCAAUCGUGAUUACAGAGUCUGUCAUUUGGCAUGGUCAAAAGAUCAUCCUCAUUAUCCUUUUUCAAUUCCAUUCUAAAAUUGUUUAUCUAUUAUUUUUACUGAAAUGACAGAAUAAAUAACUACUUUGGAAUGCUUAUGAAA